GGUUUGGAAAUCCCGUUGGUGGCUGUGUUACAAUGGUACAUUCCAACACUGCCUUUAACAAGAUACAUCUCCAGUUUUUACUUGUUGCCCAGUAUCCGCUUGGAUCGUCCUCGGCUGGUGAUGACAGCUUCCUGUCCCAGUGCUGUCAAGCCUCUGGAGCACUUCUGGGUAAAAUACACCCUGCUCAACAACUUGCAGGACUUCCUGGCUGUCCGUCUGAUCUGGAAUGCAGACGCUGAUAGAGGGGGCCAGCAGGACCGUAGAGUGGGGGCAGUGGUGUGCCAGUCUCCCCUCAACAACCUGGGACAGUGCAAGAAGGGCUCCACCCUCUCCUUCACUGUGGCCUUCCAGAUCCUCAGGACUGGACUUUUUGAGCUGAGCCAGCACAUGAAACUGAAGCUCCAGUUCACAGCCUCGAUGUCCACACCACCCGUGGAGCCUCGAUCGCCGCUGAGGAACUCUCCAUCAUCGUCAUUGUCCAGCCCAGUGGCCAGAGAGCUGCUGGAGAGACACAGCCUGGGACGAUCUCAGAGCUUCUCCCACCAGCAACCGUCCAGAGCACACCACGUCAG